UUACCCCUGGGAAAGAGAACAAUAGCGCCCUGAUCCCCUCCUCUCCUCCAGAUCACACCACCGUCGUCUCAAUCUCCAAAUCCGUUUGUAGGCUCGUGCCUUUUCUGCUACGAGCGAGCGACCUGGGCUUAAGGCUCUAGGUUUUCGCGGCCCGUCCUGGUCCUCGUGCCCUUCGCCUCCGGAGGUUAGGGUUACGUUGCGGUCGUCGGGGCUGUGUGGCUGUGAGGGGCGCGGUGUAUGCGGCGAUCGCUGCCGAUCGGGAGGCUUUAGCGGCGGGGAUCUGAUCGACGGUUUCUCCAGCGAUGGCCGCUGACGCGCUCACCAUCAUCCCGGGCGCCGUGCUGCGCAACCUCGCCGACAAGCUAUAUGAGAAGCGGAAGAACGCCGCGCUCGAGAUUGAGGGGAUCGUGAAGCAGCUGUCGACAGCAGGGGAGCACGAGAAGAUAUCGGCUGUGAUCGGUCUGCUCUCCACCGAUUUCACCUACUCGCCACAGGCGAACCACCGGAAGCAGGGCGGAUUGAUUGGCCUUGCGGCAGUUACUGUUGGACUCACCAGUGAGGCUGCUCAGCACCUCGAGCAAAUUGUACCUGCUGUGCUUUCUUCCUUCAUGGACCAAGAUAGCAGAGUGCGCUACUAUGCCUGUGAAGCGCUAUAUAACAUAGCAAAGGUUGUAAGAGGGGAUUUUAUCAUCUACUUCAACAAGAUCUUUGAUUCGCUGUGCAAACUGUCUGCAGACUCCGAUGCAAAUGUGCAGAGUGCAGCUCAUCUUCUUGACAGGCUUGUCAAGGAUAUUGUUACUGAGAGUGAUCAGUUCAGCAUAGAAGAAUUUAUACCACUAUUGAGAGAGCGCAUGAAUGUGCUAAAUCCUUAUGUACGGCAAUUUUUGGUGGGCUGGAUAACAGUCUUGGACAGUGUGCCUGAUAUUGACAUGCUUGGUUUCCUUCCUGAUUUUCUUGAUGGUUUAUUUAAUAUGCUGAGCGAUUCAAGUCAUGAGAUAAGGCAGCAAGCAGAUGCAGCACUUUCUGAGUUUCUGCAGGAAAUAAAAAAUUCACCAAAUGUAGAUUACGGUCGCAUGGCUGAAAUUCUUGUUCGGAGGGCAGGCUCAUCUGAUGAAUUCACUCGAUUGACGUCUAUCACAUGGAUAAAUGAGUUCGUGAAGCUUGGUGGGGAACAACUCGUCCCUUACUAUGCAGAUAUCCUCGGUGCUAUCUUACCAUGUAUCUCUGACGAAGAGGAGAAAAUUCGAGUGGUUGCACGUGAAACAAAUGAGGAACUCCGAGGUCUAAAAGCUGAUCAAACUGAAGGAUUUGACAUUGGAGCCAUUCUUUCAAUUGCAAAGAGAGAAUUGAAUAGCGAACAUGAGGCCACUCGUAUUGAGGCGUUGCACUGGUUUUCCAGUUUGUUAGUUCGAGGUCGUGCUGAGUUCUUGGCGUACCUGGAUGACAUUUUUGAUCCACUUCUGAAUGCACUCUCUGAUCCUUCUGAUGCGGUUGUCCUUUUAGUGUUGGAAGUUCAUGCACGCAUAGCGGAGGAGUAUCAUCACUUCCAUCAUCUUGUUUCAUACUUAAUCCGCACUUUCCACAACAAUCAUGUUCUGCUGGAGAAGCGUGGUGCUUUGAUAGUUCGUCGACUUUGCGUUCUUCUUGGUGCUGAAAAAGUUUAUCGACAAUUUUCUACCAUUCUUGAAAGUGAAGGCGAUCUUGAUUUUGCAUCCACUAUGGUUCAGGCACUGAAUUUGAUUUUGCUCACGUCGACUGAACUUGCCGAUCUGCGGUCUCUUCUUAAGAAGUCAUUAGUGGAUUCUUGUGGAAAGGACUUAUUUCUAACUUUAUACGCUUCUUGGUGCCACUCUCCAAUGGCUACAAUUAGCUUGUGUCUACUUGCUCAGGCAUACAGUCACGCGAGCUGUGUUAUUCAGUCUCUUGGAGAAGAAGACAUAAAUGUGAAGUUUCUCGUGCAGUUAGAUAAGUUGAUCCGUUUAUUAGAGACUCCCGUAUUUGCUUACCUGCGUUUACAGCUUCUUGAGCCUGGAAAACACACUUGGCUUCUCAAAACACUUUAUGGUCUCCUGAUGCUACUGCCUCAGCAAAGUGCAGCCUUCAAGAUCUUGAGGACUCGACUGAAGACGGUGCCUUUCAGUGAAAAUCUCAAGUGCACAUCUUCAGCAAAUCCGUACUCUCAGAUUCUACAAGUGACGGAAGAUGGCAAUCGAAACCAAGAUGCACCAAACAAUAAUGCAAUCAAUUUUUCAUCUCGUCUCCAGCAGUUUGAGAGCAUGCAGCAGCAGCAUCGAAAUCAUUUGAAGAAUCAACUACAAUCUCAAAAAUCUGCUUCAGCAGUAAUAUUAUCUCAGGAGAUACAAAGAUAUGAAGAAGCACAUUCUUCAAUACCAGAGAUGAGCAGGCCCCCCUCUAGACCAUCCAGAGUCGUUUCAUGAUGCAUUUGGUUGCUUGUGAUGUAUGAUACAUUUGCUGGACACAUCGUCACAAAUUUGUUGGGGCUUGGUUAGUCUCCUUUAGUUUUUUCGGAAGGAGGUUGCAUAGGGGUACAUAGAGUGUAAUCUUUUUGUUUGCUUCGUAGAUUUUGUCAUGGGACGGCAAUUAUUUGUUGGAGAAAGCUCGUUUCCCCUCUCUUUAGCCAUUCUUAAUUUCUUAGCUGUUCUAAUGCUCAUCUGGUUUUUGUAAUUUUUCAAUUGAAGGCCAAAUGAGCAUAGUAGUAUUGGGAGAGAUGUUCCAACUGUUCUGCUUAUUAAUCUCCAAUAAAUUGCUGGCGCGGUGUAAAUUUCUGUCCAUUGACCUGGUUUGUGAUCUACCAUCAAAUAUAAGUUUUUUUUGGAUCUGCCCCA